ACAUAUCUAUGUGUAUACAUUACAUUCAUAUAAUUAUUUUUUUUGUGAAGAAAAGAAAGACAGCAAGCGUAUUGGUUCUGUCUCGCCUGUUUUGUUAUCCCUUUGAUUCAGACCUAGUUGUCGAAGUUGAAGAUGAGGAAGAUACGACUGUCGGAUACCGACAUCGAAUUCUUCGAUUUGGAGGUCUCCCCAGCAGAGUUUAUGUUCUUUCAGAAGCAUAAGGAUGCUUUUAGAUGCAUGUGGAAGGAACAGGGAAAACCAUUCUGGACAAAGUUUACAAUAACCUUCCGCAGUUUUACAGUCAAACAUGGAGUCAUCAAACAGAUGUCGUGUGACACACCAAAGUUUGAAAACUUUUUGGACCAAGCUUUUAUUCACAUACAUGAACAGUUUGUAGAUGGAAAAGAAGCAAUGGCUCGGGGAUUUAUAGAUGAAUGUGCAAGACUUGCUCAAAAUCAUGAUAAAUUUCCCCAUCUUGACUCCAAAUCAUUCACCAAAGACCCAUUCUAUUCGAGAGAUACAAGAGACCUAUUCAGACGUUUUUUUGGUAACCCUGACCAGAAGAAUUCAUAUGUCAAGGUAUAUGUUCUCAGCCCUAUAUAUCUACGAUUUGGAGGGUCGGUUUGUCGCUGUUUAAAAAAAUGGAUGAAUGCUCCAUCACAGGAUUGUGAGGAUGAAUCUUAUUGGAUUCCACCCUCUACUCAACGUCAAAUAGCGGAUGAAUGUACAACAAAAGCACCAGUUCUCAUGUGUACAAACUGUCUGGAUGACUGUGGCACACGCUACUUUAAGGAGCGUAUAUGUGGCCAGAAAGAUGGACCUAAAUUUCUUGAUUACUGGAAGUUGGGUGACCCUCGUUUCAAUGAUCCUGAUAAUCCCUUAUACAAUAAGAAAGCCGAUCGUGAUAGUGAUUGGCGGGAUCGGCUUUCUCCCGAGGACUUUAGGGACUUUGUUCAUUUUGCAAAAUUUAAAUAUGGGACUGAUGAAGAAAGGUGCAGAGACUGUUCGUCUCUGGUAGAUAAAGAUGAUGGAUAUGUAACGAAUGUCAACCAAAAACGAGAUAAUGACAAAAAGAAGAAAAAGAAAAGGAAGAAAAAAGAUAAACAAGAGAUAGCAAAAGAAAAGCGUAAGGACGAAGUGGAAGUGGAGGUCCAGAGGAUUAUUGAUCACAUAACAGGAAAAAAUCCCCAACAGGACAUGCCACCAGUCCUGAGAGUGCGAACAGACACUACUAUAGUUCAAGCAGACUCCGACAAUAAAUCAGAUACUAAUUCUGGAAGUCCAGGAGCUACCUUCCACAACAUUGCAGAGAAAAAGGACAAACUGUUUGGUUUCGAUGCCAAAUGCUCUGAUGACGUCAAACCUGGGAUCCUUGGAAAUGACAACUUUUCUGAAGGAAAUCAGGAAGGUGGAUUUAGGGUGUUCAAACUUGAGGAUGAAAGGUCUGGUGCCAAGGAAAUUACAAUCUCAGUUAAUGCAGGUGAUUAUGGUUAUAAGAAGGAUGCAAAUAAAGCUGAAGGACAGGAAAAUCAGAGCGCCACCAAUAGGCUUUCUGUGGAACUGAUUAAAAGCAGGAUAGAAAACCUACCAGACAAGAUGGAAUGGUGGGAAGGGGUUGGCUGGUGUGCUUGUGUCAUCAACUAUGAGAUUGAAGAGAAAGAUGUCAGUCCCAACAAUUACACCAACUUCACCAUCAAGGUUAAUGGCAAGAAUGAAAUGGCCAUGCAACGAGUCAUGUUUAAAUUGCUUACCUAUGUUAGUAAAAGGAAAAAGCGACCUAGUCCUGGCUGGACCAUGGAUGACAAUGACGUGGUAGCUAGCAUAAAUCCUGAAGAGAUCCCAAGGGAGGAUGGCAUUAUCAUUACCCUGCAGCACGGCUUCAGAUUUGAGGAAAGACUCACCAAAGAGGAACGCAAAACUAUGAGUAGGGGGCGAUCAAGUGUUUUCCGGAAUGACAAAAAAGCAGAAGGACCAAUGUGUGUCUAUGUACAGCCACAGGGCAUGAAGGAUAAGGAACAGGUUUUAAUGGCUCUUGAUGUUGCUGUUGCUAAGGGUGAUCAAGGGCAGAUGAAUUUCAAAAAGUUGCUGACAAGAAUUAGUGGACAUUGCAUUGAUGAUAAAGUUGGAUAUGGUACCCCUAAUUAUCCCCAGACAACCAAGUCUAAAGAUCCAUCUUUUUGUGAUUUACCUGACCCGUAUGAUUUGGAGAUCAAUAAGACACCAAUGUGGGAUCAGAUACUUCUGAGCCCCAGGACUUUCGAACUUUUGUUUAUGGUUAACAAGGACAGAGAACAUGAACUGAAAGAACUUGGGUUGAGAAGGGUUGACCCCGAGAAUGUCCCUGGCAAGGGUAGAGACAAGCAGCCUCCAUUACAGUCAUUCAGUAGAACACGUAGGAAAGAUGUAUUUGAUUGUAUAUGUAUAGAUAAGGUCAGAUUCAGCAAACCCAUCUCAUGUAACUGCACCAUGUGUAGGAAAAUGUCCAGUGAAAGCAAACACAAGACAUCACCAAAGCCUACUCCCUCCCAGGACAAAUCCAGUGUGACAAAGACCACACCCACUCCCUUCAAGGACACACCCUCUGAGACAAAGACCACACCCGCUCCCUGCAAGGACACACCAACUGAGACAAGGUCAACACCUACUCCCUACAAGGACACACCCAUUGAGGUAACAACAGCAGCAACUCCCUCCAAGGACAUACCCUCUGAGACAAAGUCCACACCCACUCCCUCCAAGGACACACCCACUAUGGAGAAGAAAACACAAACUCCACCAAAGGAUACACCCACUGAAACAAUGUCCACACCCACUUCCUCUACAGACACAAUCUCUUCAAUAAAGACCACAAAUACACUCUCUAAGGACACACCUAUUGGGACAAAGACCUCAACAUCUCCCUCCAAGGACACACCCACUAUGACAAAGGCCACACCUGCUAAAGAAACAACUGCUUCUGCCAAGAAAUCCCAGACAUCUAAAGUGAUCAGUGACAUUGAAAUCACUGAGAUUGUGCAUGACAAGGAUGUUCGUCCUGACCCAGUCACCACAGAAGAACUGGAGUAUGGCUUUGAGCUUAUGGAACAACAACUUAAGGAAGCCAGAAAGGAAAAGAUGAAUGAGGAAGCAAAGAAAAAGGAAAGGGCAAGGAAGAGGGAAGAAGAAAUAAAAAAAGAACCAAAGAAAUCUUCUCUUGGUAAGAGGCUUUCUGAUUCUGCUGUUCCUCCGAAGCCUGCAACACCUAAAAUGCCCCCUUUCUCACCUAUGCCUACAAGUUUAGAAUAUCCACUGGAGCAAAUAUUGAAAGGUAGAAUGGAGGGAGUGUUCAAGUUCACAGCAGUACAGAAUCAGAGCAAUGGGACUGCAACAAGUUCACCUCUUAAGUUCACUGUAGAGAAUGUCACACCCCAGAAUUCAGGUGACCCACUCAAUGAUAAUGAAAAUGGUAAAAAAAAGGAAGGCACUCCAACUAUGUCAGAGGAAGAAAAGAUAAAAGAAAAGAUUGCAGAAGUGCAAAGAUUGGAGAGAGUUGAAGAGAAAAAUGCAGAAGAGAAAAGAAGGGAGAGAGCUGAAGAGAAAAUUGCAGAAGUGAGAAGAAGGGAGAGAGCUGAAGAAAGUAAAAAACCACAGAAAGUGGCUGAGAUAAAACGUCAAGAGAAGCUUGCAGAAAUCAGAAAACACGAGAGAAGGCAUGCUGAGUUCUUAAGGAUAGGUAAGCAUGACAGGCAGGAGAUUAAUGAUGCUUUAUGUAACUUCAAGUUUAAACCAAAGGAAGAAUUUCCAGGAGAUGUCAAUGGGACAACUUCAACAGACACACUCAUAAGGGAAGCAUUGAUUGAUGUCGUUAAUGCAGGACUCCGAGGUGAUGAGGAGGAAUCUUCAACAAAAUUGAAGAAGGUGUUCCAUGACUGUAUACAAAGUCAGGUGGCUGCUGAGCAUGCCAAGCUCACGAAGAAGCUCAGAAAGUGCACCAACUGUCAGAAGGUGGAGCCUAGUCCCAAAACCUACAAAAAAUGUCUCAAGUGUAAAGAAAUGAAAGUGAAGAAUGCCAGAUACUACUGUGGCAAGGAGUGCCAAGCCAAUGACUGGACUCAGAAGCACAAGAAGGAACACAAAGAGAACCGGCUUGAUUGAGUAGGGGUACAUCCUGUGAGGGACUCGAAGUUGGAGCACUAGGGAAAUUGGCUUGAUGGAGCAACGGUACUGCCUAACAAUGACCAAUAGAAUUCCUAAGAAAGUGUUUAAAAGACAAAGCUGUCCAUAGCAUGUAAUGGGAUACGUCCUGUAUUGUGGAGUCACAGUGGUCAGUGUUGUAUUUGUUAGCUGUGUAUAUGGUAUUGUUGAAUUUAGUGAAUGAACACAUUGAUGUUGUCCCUGUACUAAAAUAUAUCAUUCUGUACAAAGGUUUAUAUAGGUAAGAAUGUGGUAAGCUGUGAGCAAAGACCAUUAUGUCCAGUUUCAUUUUUUGGGGAAUGCAUAAUCCAUGGUCAGUUUCAUCUCAGUAAGUAGAAUCCAGUAUGAUGCGUUUCAUUUCUUAUGCUUUGGCCAUUUUCAUCUCUGAAGGCAGGCACAGAUCACUUUAGCCAGUUUUAUCUUUCUGGGAAGGCAGAGUUCACCAUGGCCAGUUUUAUCCCAUUCAAAGCUUUUUUAUCUUAAUUUAUUAAACAGCAGAGAAGCUAGUUAAGAUAAUGAUAUGAAUUAUUCAUAUGUGGUAUUAAACUAUACUUUAUCAAUGGCUGUUUCUCAAGGCAGAGUCACUGAAUUGUCCCUUUAGUUUAUUUUUUUAGAUCAAUAGAGAAAAAAUUUUGCUUAUGAAUUGAACUGUGCAUUACUGACUAUUUUGUUAAUGUCCGUUGAAAACAUAUGUUCUCGACCACUAUGUAUGCAAUGAUGAUUUCUAGGAGUAAAAUCUACAGUUUUAUCAGUGUUAUCUGUGUGGGUCAUGUUUCUUUGGUCAGCUGACCUUUCUUGGUCCUGUGCUUUUAACACUAAUUGCUGUGAAACUUUUGCAAUGGGUCUCUCAUACACUGUUUAGUGAGAUAGUCAACAGAUAAUGUCAAGAAGAUUCUGCACAAAAUGACCCAGGCAGUUCACACUGUGUUGACCAAGGAUACAAGUAAUGUUAUAAGUAAACUACUAAGAAAUCAACAUGGAUAGGUUCUUAGAAAAUAAAUCUUUGCUAGUGAAUGGAUAUUGGAAUUGCCUUACCUGAUAGAUAUCGUCAUAUCAGCACAGUCAUUUCAAUAAAAGACAGAGAUUAGAAUUUGAGAAAACUAAUUAACAUAAGAAAUUGUGAAAACAUUGUACAUGUGUAUUUUGUAAAUACUGAUCAAGCUAUGAAGUAGUAAACCCUAGAUAUACCCCACACCAUCCCUGACUGUAAAUCAUUCAGUAAAUUGUCUCCCCCUGACUGAUACAGGUAUACUUGGGAAAUAUUACUGUAUUGCUGUACACUUGUUACACUGUAGAUGGUUCUUCAUAUGCUUUGAAGGUAAAUUCCUUUUUUUUUUUUUUUUUACAUAUUUUUGUUGUUAUUGGGAAUGUUAGAUAUACUUUGAGUGUUUAAUUUUUGUUUAAACAUGUUUUAUUGUUUAAAGUUUACAAAUAAUAUACUGAAGAAGGCAUUCUAUAGAGUAGUUACCUGUUGUCAUUUGGUGUACCAUAGUUGUCCUCAAAUUAGCCCCUACCUGCAGUUGACAAGGUUUCGCAUGUUUUUCUGUAUAACUUGAUAAUAGGUAUCAGUGUUUGGAAGAGGAAUAUUAGAACAAGAAGAUGUAUUUGAUUUGUCAAUACUCUAUGGAUUUUGUUGAUUACCCCAGCAACGGAGAGGUCAGUACGCACUGGUAACUUUGACAUUUUUAGAUGUUUUAGGGAUAUCGUAUUCCUGCAUGUAACAUUUUGUAUUAUGUUUUUGGUACUGAUAUAAACAACUAUUUUUAUAUACCUACAAAUUGUUGAUACAUGUGUGUAUACAACAAAAGAAAAACUCGUGUACAGUAUUACACAUAUGGCAAUGUUCAGUUUACAAUAUGAUAUUCACAAUUUUAUGUUUCAGUAAUUUUGAGGUAUGUUUUUUCAAUUAUGUGAUUGAAUUUGAUACAAUGCAAAUCCCUACGCUCUAUAAUUAAAAAUGGAGUGUUUUGCCUGAGAGAUUUAGAAUUUAACAGAUGUUAAAAUACAAACUUUUGAACAUUCACUGAUUGGCCUAAAUAUCAAGAAUUUAAUAGAUGUUUGUUGAUGUUGAAAUAAAUAAACAAUGCAGAUUGUUUUCAGUUUUGAUCAUGCUUUUGAUUAAUGAAAUAUUGCUUAUAAUACAAAAUCACAGAAAAAAAAGAAAAUUUUAAAAAACA